AUGCAUCGAGUUUCGGAUGUUCCGGUCAUUCUGUUUAAUCCAUACUUAACGUGUAAUCUUUGCCGAGGCUAUUUAAUCGAUGCCACGACAAUUGUUGAGUGUCUACACUCUUUCUGCCGCAGCUGUAUCUUGACUUAUCUCAAACUGAACACAACAUGCCCGGUCUGUGCGACACUUUUGCACAAAACCAAACCACAUUGCGCAAUUCGGCCUGAUCGUGCACUACAGUCCAUCGUUUACAAGCUUAUACCGAAUUUAUUUGAAAAGGAAAUGCUAUGUAGAAGAAAAUUUUAUGAGGAUCAUCCUUCAUGUUACACCCGAUCUUUAAGUCCUGAAAAACGUGGUGAUUUAACCCUGAAUACUUAUGUACUCCAAGAAGAAGAUCGUUUAAGCGUUGAACUUCGGUACUGGAACCAAAACGAACAUAAGAAUAAUGGUUGCUCAAGUAAAACUUCUAGUCAAACAGAUUCAAUUAGCCCGAUACUGCCUGUUAUCCCCCCUACAUUUUUACUCUGUCCACCUGAACUUACAGUGGGACAUAUUGAAAAGCUGAUUCGAAUGAAGUUCAAUCUUAAACCCAGUGAGCAUGAGGUUUCUGUUUUCUUUUCAGUCGACGAUCUUUUUAAUUCUAACUAUACACUAUCAGAUCUUGCCUGCUUGUAUGCGUGGCGUCGCCAACAACCUUUUAAGUUGUAUUUUACAAUAAAAGAAACAUCGAGGCAUGGAUUUUCUGUGUUUAUGGAAUCACAACCCCCUUCAACAUCGAGUAACCUAACUCAUAGUAUUCUGGAAAAAUCUAAACUAUGUCCUCAGAAUAAUAAUUCAUCUUGGUCUGUAAACUCCAAAUUCAGAAAUUUCCCCACAAAUUCCCUUCGUAAACGGCAUGUGAAUAACUCUGAUGAUGAAAUGGAAACUACUCCACUUGAAGUCUCUGCGCCAAACUCACAAAUCUCAUCACAAUCAUCCUGUAAAAUAUCACUUCCAACACAGUUCAUAAAAUCUAUAAGCUUAUCAUCUCCCAUGCUCAAUACUUCAAGUUCUGUUUGUUCUUCGCUAGCCUAAAAUUUAACUUAUGUCCUAAUAUUCCAUAACUAGUCAUUCGGAUUUAUACCUCUGAUGUUGCUUUAUACUUUUGACUCUGAUUUUCCGGGUAUAUUAUUGAAAUUUUAUUUAUUCACAUGGUUUUUUUUGGUCAUUGCUUUGUAAAGUCUCGUCAAAAUCUGGAAUAAUAUUCCAACUUUUGUCCUAGUUUUGUACUAGGGCUAUUGUAAAUUGUAUAUUUAUCUUUCUUUAUAUCAUUGUUAAGUUCAGGCCCUUUUUCUACUUCAUACCAUAAAAAGAUAAUUAGUUUUCCGGUUUUUAAAACUUGAUACUGUUCUAAAAUAAUUCCUUUAACGUUUCAGAUUCUUUUUCUGGUCUUUUUUUACUAUGGUGUUAUACUAUGUGCAUUGUUGAUCCGUUUUCAG